GCACAAUUAAGAUGCAUUAGCCGUGCAAAAAACCCCACCCUGCUGUGGAGGACGUCUGCUCCAGCUGGUUUGUUGGGGGCAGAUCCGCACAGGUUCUGCAUUUUUGGCUUCCCUGGUGGAGUUGGCCACGGCUACAGAGACAGGUAUUUAUGGAUCCUUUGCCUGGCCCACGGGUGGCACGCAGCCUGCAGAUUUCCCCCAGGGAAAUAUGGCUUAGAAACACACACACACACAUCUUUGAUAAGGACGUGGCUGCCUCCCACUGUUGCUGCUUUCUCCUUUUUGUUGGCGGGCAAGGGAAGGAAGUGUAGUUUCUUUAAAAGGCAAGCCCUCCUUAUCACGGCAGCGAGCCGUUUGCCAAGUUUUCACAGACCAGCCUCCGGAACCGCCGGCGCUCUCGGUUGCAGGGCUGCUUGGCAGCUGAGCCUUUUCUCAACGGAAACCAGAAUGGACUCGGCCCAAGAAAGUUCACCACCUCUUUUUGACAGGAAGUGCUUCUUUGCUCGGCUCCCUUUAGGAGAAUAAGGAGUGUCAGCAGGGAGGAAAGGGAUCAAGGCACGUCGCGAACAUAUGCCAUGAUGCCCAGCAAUGCAACAUGUGGUUAACGUCCCUCCCGUUUACUGGGCCAAUAUAUGGCGGUCUCAAAGAUGGAAUGAUGGUGCUGGUCUGCGGAAGUGUUCUUCACUCCUGUGAAAGGUUCCAGAUUGACUUCCAGUGCGGCUGCGUCCAAGCGCCCCGCCCUGAUAUCGCUUUCCAUUUCAAUCCUCGAUUCAACGAGCGCUGCGUGGUGUCGAAUUCGUUUGAAAGGGGGAGUUGGCAGCGAGAGGAAAGGAAACAAGAUCUGCCAUUCCGGAAAGGCCACCCUUUUGAAAUCCGGAUUCUAGUGAACAGCAGCUCUUUUAUGGUGGCUGUAGAUGGCAAGCAUUACUUGGAGUUCAAACACAGGAUCCCUCUGAACCGAGUGGACACCAUCGGCAUCUCAGGAGGGCUGGAGGUGGCCUCCAUUAGCUUCCAAGGGCCUGCGACCAAUUCUGUCUUCCCGUCCAAUCCAGUGUUUCCACCAGGCUACCCGCAAAACACCUCCUUUCCACCCGGGCCCUACUUCCCUCUGCAAAAUUACCCUGUGCCUUUUCGAAUGCCGAUCGUCGGAGGCCUUUUCCCAGCCAGAUCCAUUAUACUGUCAGGAACCGUACCUCCCAAUGCCACGAGGUUCCAUGUCAACUUGAAAGCAGGAAGCAAUACCGCUUUCCAGCUAAACCCACGCUUCAAUGAGAAUGUGAUUGUCCGAAAUUCGAAGUUCAACGACUGCUGGGGGUCAGAGGAACGCAACCUGUCCACAGGAAUGCCUUUCUCUCGAAACCAGGCCUUCACUAUCUGGAUUAUGUGCGAAACGCACUGCUUCAAAGUGGCUGUGAACGGACAACAUCUGUUUGAUUAUAACCACCGCUUCCCAAACCUGCAACAGAUCGAUCAGCUCGAAGUAGAGGGAGAAGUAACGCUGACCAACGUCCAGGCUUAAAACCACAAGCCUUUCCUUGAGAAUCGUUUUGAAGAGUUGUAUUUUGAGAACAGCAAUGUGGACAAUAUUCUGUCUUUUUUCUUUCUACCCCAAAAUGUAAAUCAAGAAAAGGAAUGGCUUCUUCUUGAUUUGAGAAGGCUAGCCCCACCUCCCUUUUCAAUGUCACAUUAUGGCAAUCUGUGUCUAUCUUGCAGCAUUAAUAAAGAUGGCAGGCAAUGUUAA